AAACCAUGAUCGUUAGAGCGCUGUUUGUGAUAACUACAGUGGUGGCCACACUGGCACGAUCAGAGGGUAGCGGUCUGAAUGACCUUCAGGAGUAUGAACAGUUAGAGUACGUCACUUCCUGUUACUACCCCGCCCACAUCCCCUGCACCAAUGGGGCGGGCUGUGUCUCCGGGCGGCAGAGGUGUGACGGCGUCUACAACUGUCCGGACGGCUCUGACGAGGAGAACUGCGUGGACUACUGGGCCAUGCAUCUUCGGAACGGACUGCCGGCUCCCCAGGCUGUCAUCCACCCUCCCAGCAAGGUCACGGUCGUCAAGAAACCCCGGCCAGCCCAGAGGGUGAUCACGUGUUACUGUAACAACCACGCUACUGAGUGUGCGGCUGAGGGAGUCUGCGCAAACUGUCAGCAUAACACGGAGGGCAUGCAGUGUCAGUACUGCCAGCAGGGGUACGUGGGUCUGGCUACCCGGGGCACCCCGAUGGACUGUCAGCCGGUCCAGUACGUACAGUUCAUCCCGCGGGGGCAUCCCAGGCGCCGCCUCAACAACUGGAUGUUCCAGUAGAACACAACAAAAAGAACGUAGAGAAAGAGAAUAAGACA